AUGGUGCCGCCUGAUGAUCUAAGCUUGGAAGAUUGGAUGGACACCAAGACCGACUCCUACGACAUCUAUGUUCUUGGGUACUCCACUUUGCCAACCGAUUUGUCAUCUCUUAAUUUAUCAGCGUUGUCUUUCAUCAGGAUGGUGCAGUUGCAGGAGAUGGUGCCACUGAACGCGAGGAGCGUGCUUGGCCCGAAACAGAGGCGGGCAGCCAUGAAGUGGCAGCUGCUCAUCGAUGACGCAUUGAACAACAGGAGGCAUGGAGAUGGAGCUGCAGCAAUGCACGAUCAAGGAGGACAGGGCGGCUUGUUCAGGUGCCUCAUGAGCAAGCAGAUGGUCGGCAUCUUCGUGUCGGUGUGGACAAGGAGCAGCCUCCGCCGGCACGUCCGCCGCCCUGGCGUCUCCAGCGUCGGCGCCGGCGUCCUCGGCCGGCUCGGCAACAAGGGCGCGGUGUCCGUCCGGUUCUUGCUUCACGGCACGAGCUUCUGCUUCGUCUGCUGCCACCUGGCCUCAGGCGGCGAGGACGGCGACGCUAUACGCCGGAACGCUGACGCCGCGGGCAUCCUCUCCAGGACCAGCUUCGUCCGCUCCGGCGGCGCGCCGGCAGCACUGGAUGAGCUGCCCAAGAAGAUUCUUGGCCAUGACAGCAACGGAAAACAGUCGUUGAUGAUCGAAUCGUGUACUUGCAUGCAGCAGCGUGGUGUUGUUCGGGGACCUCAACUACCGGAUCGCCAUGGACGACGACGACGAGGCACGGCAGCUGGUGCGGGCCAGGAAAUGGAGCAUGCUGCUGGAGAACGACGAGCUGCUGCUGGAGCUCUCAAGGGCCGUCAGUUCGACGGUUGGCACGAGGGCCACGUCACCUUCGCCCCGACCUACAAGUAUCGCCGCAACUCCGACCAGUUCUACUGGUGCGCUGUCGACGGCGUCGCCACCGGCCGGCCGGAGAAGCAGCACCGCCACCGCGCGCCGGCAUGGUGCGACCGGAUCCUGUGGCGCGGGAAGGGGAUGAAGCAGGUCCGGUACGAGCGCUGCGGUGGCUACCGGCUCUCCGAUCACCGCCCGGUGAGGGCCGUGUUCCACGUCGUGUGCGAACUGGCGGAAGGCGUGGAUGGUUAA